UGCACAUGCACAAGAAUUCAGUAUGUGAAAUGUUCUAUGCGAAAAUCACAAAGGAAGUAGGCGUAACGAUGGUAGCUAACCAUCAUCUCUUUUUACACGUAUCCAACACUAUGAAUUCGAAAGUAGAUGAAGAGCGGGAUUUUCGGACUGUAUAUUCGUUAUAUUGUUAAUCUGCAAUACCGUCAAAGCUGAGCGCGAAGAGAAAAUGGACAAGUUCAACUUCACUGUGUGUAAGAGGAUUGAUCUAGAAUUUACGCACAUUUUUUUGCCCACCGUUUAUGUCCUUGUGUGCAUAAUUGGAAUUGUUGCAAACGUCUGCGGACUGAAACUGGUGUUUAAUCGAUGGAGGACACUUGGUGACAUAAAAGUUUUCAUUUUGAAUCUUGGAAUUGCCGACUUACUGUACGUCUCUACGCUUCCGUUCCUAAUCAGUUAUUACGCAGCUGACAGCACUUGGAUGUUUGGAACUGUAUUUUGCAAAAUAACACGAUUUUGCUUCAACUUAAACCUCUAUGGCAGCAUCGGGUUUUUAACCUGCAUUUGUGUUUACAGGUAUCUUGGUAUUGUCUAUCCCAUGAAAAGUAAAGGCAUUGUGAACACACGGCUCUCGGUGGCCAUAAGUGCACUUGUUUGGACUUUGGUAAUCAUUCAAAUUCUCCCUGAUAUGUUCUUUGAAAAAUCAGCGUUAAAUUCCACACGAUCCUGUUUUGAUACAACUGGCAACAACCGUAUCAAGGAUUACCUGCCGUACAGCAUCGGCUGGACUAUAACGGGAUUUGUCAUUCCUCUACUUGUCAUCCUUGUCUGCUACGGGCACGUGGCAUUCGUCCUCAUGACCAAGGCGAAUAUCAACACUCUGUUGAAGCAAAGGAGCCUUAAAUUGGUCAUAUUUUUGACUGUGUUGUUUUCUGUGUGUUUCGUUCCAUAUCACAUUUUAAGAAAUCUUAAUUUGUCUACGAGGAUUUUGAAAAUGGAGGGAAUCUGCUACAAAACUUUUGACGAUAUUUAUUUAGCCUAUCAAGUCAGCAGAGGACUCGCUUGCUUGAACAGCGCCAUCAAUCCACUCAUCUACCUGGUUGGCAACGACGAAUUUCUUAUGCGUUUUCACAGCUUAAGUAAAAGAACUCGAAGGUCAUUGGCGCAACUGAGCGAUGCUGUAAUUUACCGCAAACAAAGGGAGAUGGAUUCUACGGUAAAUACGGAGGCAGAGCCCAAUACUGUUACUCUGUUGUCACCUUGAACUUUCAGGAUUUUCUUAUGUUUGAACAGCAGUUGAGGUUAUAUAGGUUAUUGCACUUGUUCAAUUGUUAUGCUGUAGUCUAGCCUAGCCUAUAGGCUAUACAAAAGACAAAAUACAUGGUAGGCCUAGCGUUAUAGGCUACUUUGUAAAACCUAGGUGGGCCGGCCUGCUUUCUACUAUGAUACUGAGGAGAUGGUAUGACUACUUAUUUGAUAGGCCCUGUUCCAGAUGUUCCAAAUCUAUAAACUAACAAGUUUACUUGUAGCUUACGUUUGCAUGUGAAAAAGAUUAUGGAAUAAAAGUUGUUGCAACAAUGUCAGUGUUCCGUCACCAACAGGACAAGUAGGCUAGGCUAAAUAAUUUCCACAAAUUAAUAUAGUUUCCACCUAAAUUUAAUUAACCUUAUAGGAAUGCUUGGAGACAAGCAUCACUGCAGAUACUAGCUGUUAUUUUGCUUCUUGAUAUUCUCAUUGUGUAUGUUGCAAGUGUCAUUACAUUUUAAAGUUUGACUCUCAUGUUAGAGGAAUAUAUGUGGGGUGAAUUGUUUAUACAUCACCACAUAAUAUCACAUAUCUUCCAUACCAUUUCUUUUAGUUUAAUAUUGGUUCACAGCCAACACAUUUUUAAAUGCAUUGCAUCCUCAUGUCCUUCAGAACUCAUGAUUUGUCAUUUCAGCUGAGGAACCAGAUGUGAAGCCUAAAGCCUUUAAACAAUUCUUCCUCCGUAUUUAUUUAUACUAAAAUCCUAACUUGAGUGAGUGUUUGGGACCUUUUUCCACUUUGACCAAUGUUCUCUGAAGUUUUUUUUGUUUCAACAGUAGUCAGUGAUCAUGAACAGACACAUGUAGGCACAGUGAAUUAGUGAGUAUGACUUACUUCAUGACAAAAUUGUUUACUUCCUCUUGUCAUCACAUAAUUAGUUGGUCAAAUUCCAUAAGAAGAGAAUAUGGUCACAGGCAAGCAGUUCAGCUGCCGAUACAGUAUAGUUUUGAGUCUGUGCAUGUUGCUGUUGUGUAGGUAUUUAUAGAGUAAAUGUAUGUUUUUUUUUUUUUUUUUUUCAGAAGUGAAAAUAUCUCACAGAAAUGACUGUUGGUGGCUUAGGCUAUAGCUGACAUUCAGUUUCAGUCUGUGUUACUUAAAACGUCUAGCACAAUGUAUAGGCUUGCUGUGGUAGCAGACCACGUUGAGAGUAUGUGUGAGGAAACUCGGCUGUUUGUCUCUGCAGUGUUUUCAGUGUUUUGUUUACCAUGAUGAACAGGACUGAGCCUGUUUACUUGAUGUUAUAAUUGAUUGUUUACAGACAGUUCAAACAGUGGAUCCUAGUUUUUUUAAUUGCACACCACAGAUCAUCAAAUGUGAAGAAGUUUCUGGUCUUUCCCCUGAAUGUUUAAAUAGUAGUAGUAGUACUUUUUUUUUUUAGGGUGUGGUUUGCAUUUCCAGGAAAUCUGUUGUUUCAGUUGCACACUGUGUAGUAGACACACAGCAACUUGUUGCUCUAAUCGGGUUAUUCUGAGAUGGGUCGCCACCUGCCAUCUGCAGCCUCACAGACAGGAUAUCCAAACCAAUUAGCAUUGGCUGUAAUUCAACACACACCACUCACCGCUUCCUUUUGUUUUGCUGAAAUUUUAUUUGGCUGACUAAAUAUGAAGUAGGCUCAGGACAUGAAAAUCUGACAUCCAAAGCCAAACUCAAAAAUGUGCUUGCGGCUCAGAGCUUACUGUGUGUAGCUGUCUACUGCAAUUAAUGUCAUUUUAUUGUUGCCUUGGCCACACAACUGUAAUGUUAAAUAUCGGGUUAGAUGUUGGAGUUGAAAACAAAAUCAGCUAUCAGUGUUGCAUUAGUGGUAAUAUUUUCUCACAAAGACAAAUAUAUGCUGUUUUACACGAUGUUUACUGUUUGCUGCUAUCUUGG